CCGUGAUCGUCAGCCAAACAUUUCCUCAGUUUGCUGCCGAAUAUCGGAGCAACUGCCCGGAUAUGGAGCCGAUAUGGAUAUUUUUACUCAUUUUCAACGGAUGCCUUGCGGCCGUCAUCAGGCCAGAUCACCCCAAGGAGGAGGCUCGCCAGUGUGUGGUGUUCAACGUGCCUCACAUCUUAUGUGCUCCUGACGUCACCAAAGUCUCAGUGACGCCAUACUACGAGUACCUUACACGUCCACACUUCACCAACCUACUGGGUCAAGAACGCUCUUUUCCUCUUCAUGAAAUAUAUGGCGCAGGAGUACCAUGCAGAGUAGAAUGUUGCCGUCCCUCUUCCGAAAGUCACCAUCACUCAGAGCAUUCGAAACAUAUCUCGAAAGAGAAUUCGAAAGAAGGAAUAACACAUGUUCAACAUGACAAGACGAAAGAGAUUUCUCGGAGUGAGAAGCAAAUUGGAGAGAAAACGAAACUAAAUCAAAAUGUCGUUUCGGGAAACGAUCAGGUAAAGAAAACCCAUGAACAUUCUCGGAGUGGUCAUGAUUCGUACCGAAUUCCUCAUAAAGAAGAAGGCUACUGUUGUGAUCAUGGCGACUACUUUUACUCUACUCAUGGGAAUUGUUCCAAUUGGUGUUAUGAUUAUAAUUCAGGAUAUCCCUAUGAUUCUGGGAUAGACCACCGCCAUCGUCAAUACGACCACGACAACAUGCAGCAUGGACAGCACGACCAUCAGCAUAGACACCACGAUCAUUGGCAAAGACAAAAAGGACAUCAACAUGGACACCAUGGUCAAAAUGAAAAUUACAGUCAUGAGCAUGAACACAACGUCCAUGAGUAUAAACAUCACGGUCCACAUGGACACCACGGCCAUGAGCAUAAACACCACGGUCCAAAUAGACACCACGGUCCAAAUAGACACCACGGCCCAAAUAGACACCACGGUCCAAAUAGACACCACGGUCAACAGGGAAAUCACAGUCAUGACUAUGAACACAACGACCAUGAGUAUAAACACCACAGUCAACAUGGACACCACGGUCACCAUGGACAUUAUGGUCAGCAUGGACACCACGGCCAUGAGCAUAAACACCACGGUCAAAAGCCUGGCCACCACGAACAACAUGGACACCACGGUCAACAUGGAAAUCACAGUCAUGAGCAUGAAGACAACAACCAUGAGUAUAAACACCACGGUCAACAUGGACACCACGGCCAUGAGCAUAAGCACCACGGUCCAAAAAGGCACCACGGUCAACAUGAUCACCACGGUCCAAAUAGACACCACGGUCAACAUGGUCACCACGGCCACGAACAUAAACACCCCGGACAACAAGGACACCAUGGUCAUGAGCAUAAACACCACGGUCAACAUGGAUACCAUGGUCAACAUGGAUACCAUGGUCAACAUGGACGUCACGGUCAAAAUGGACACCACGGUCAACCUGGACACCAAGUUCAACAUGGACACCACGGUCAACAUGGACACUACGGUCAACAUGGAAAUCACGGUCAAAAUGGAAAUCACGGACAACAUGAACACCACGGCCAUGAGUAUGGACAACAUGGUCAACAUGGACACCACGGUCAACAUGGACACCACGGUCAACAUAGACACCACGGUCAACAUGGACACGACAGUCAACAUGGACACCACGGUCAACAUGGACACUACGGUCAACAUGAAAAUCACGGUCAACAUGGAAAUCACGGUCAACAUGAACACCACGGCCAUGAGCAUGAACACCACAGUCAUGCGCAUGGACAACAUGGUCAACAUGGACACCACAGUCAACAUGGACACCACGGUCAACAUGGACACCUCGGUCAACACAGACACCACGGUCAACAAGGACACCAUGGUCAUGAGCAUAAACACCACGAUCAACAAGGAACUCACGGCCAAGAUGAACACUACGAUCAACAUAGACACCACAGUCAACAUGGACACUAUGGUCAACAUGAACGCCACGGCCAUGAGCAUGAACACCACAGUCAAGCGCAUGGACAACAAGGACACCACGAUCACGAAUAUAGCUGUGAACACAACGAUGAGUCCUGUCAACCUACUUCUAUUGAUACCGAUUAUGAAUAUGGCCAUCACCAGUUGAAAAAGUCUAAUCACAGAUCAAAUUAUCCGAGGUAUGUAAAUUUGGAUUGUGACGACACAUCAGAUGUGUCAGAUUCUAUACAUCCGACCAAAGAAUUUGACAUUGAUUUUACGGACAAGUACUACAGAAAACAACUGCAUCGUUGCAAUAAACACCAAUCUAAAUCACGAGGUUACGGAGAGCACCACAACGGACACCAUGGCAAGCCUAGACACAACAACGAACCCCAUGACAAGCCUGGACACCACAAAAAACAUAAUGGCAAGCCUGGACACAACGACGACGAGCACCAUGGCAAGCCUGGACACCACUACGGACACCAUGGCAAGCCUAGACACCACUACGGACACUAUGGCAAGCCUAGACACCACAAAGAACAUAAUGGCAAGCCUGGACACCAUGGCAAGACUGAACACCAUGACAAGCCUGAACACCAUGGCAAGCCUGAACACCAUGGCAAGCCUGAACACCAUGGCAAGCCUGAACACCAUGGCAAGCCUGAACACCAUGGCAAGCCUGAACACCAUGGCAAGCCUGAACACCACGGUGGACACGGAAACCAUGGCAAGCCUGAACACCAUGGCGGAUACGGACACCAUGGCAAUUCUGGACACCAUGACGGCCACCAGCCUGGACACCCCGACGGACACAAGCCUGAACACCAUGGCAAGCCUGAACACCAUGGUGGACACGGACACCAUGGCAAGCCUGGACACCCCGAUGGACACAAGCCUGAACACCAUGGCGGACACGGACACCAAGGCAAGCCUGAACACCAUGGCAAGCCUGAACACCAUGGCAAGCCUGGACACCACGGCGGACACCAGCCAGAACACCAUGACGGCCACCAGCCUGGACACCCCGACGGACAUAAGCCUGGACACCACGACAAUCAUCAUGUCAAGCCUGGACACCACGACAAUCAUCAUGUCAAGCCUGGACACCACGACAAUCACCAUGUCAAGCCUGGACACCACGACAAUCAUCAUGUCAAGCCUGGACACCACGACAAUCAUCAUGUCAAGCCUGGACACCACGACAAUCACCAUGUCAAGCCUGGACACCACGACGAACCCCAUGUGGACACUGUUCACAAUACUGAUAGUCAUAGCCAUGACCAUGUUAAAGCUACAGAUGAAGUCGUCCAUCAUGUAAACUCAAAAGAGAACGAUAAAAAAAUUGUUUGA